AACACGUUGAAACGAGUGUCCACGUUUGAUUCGAAGUUCUCGUCGAUUUUGUCCUGAAAGUUAUCUCCGAUUUUGUUUUAAUAUUCAUUAAAACAUAACAUAAAUAAAAUCAUGUCGUCAGAAGAAUUAGGACCAAAAGAAUGGCUUCGCUGUAACAAUUGUUACAUUCUAAUGCGACAAUGCAAAGUUCCGUUCUUCCUGUCAUUUUGCAGUCACAUUUUUUGCACUAAAUGUGUCAAAAUUGCUGUAAAAAAAUGCCCACAAUGCCAGGCACAAAAUCUACGUACGAUGCCUUUAGUGGAACCAUUGAGUCCUGAAGUGAGACAUUGCUUUGAACCAAUUGAAGAUCUCAAUGAACAAAUGCAGCAAGCAACAACUUUUCAAAGUCAACAAUGGGCGAUAAGUAAUCAACGAUUCUUAAAUGUUGAAAAAAAAUACACUAGCGUAAAAGAGCAAUAUCAGCGGAUCCAUAAAGCCUUCAAAAUUUCUCAACAACAGUGUCAAGAAGUUGCGAAUGAAUUAAAUUCACUUCAAAAGAAAAUUUACAAUUAUGAACAAUCCGAAAAAAAUAAGCGCUACAUUCACCAUUCCUCUGCGAUAUUAACUCCACAAUCUUUAACGGAAAGUGCACAUUCACUUCGUUCUUCGAGUCAUAGCGACGCUAACAAUCAGCCACUUCCAAAAAGGAAAUCCUAUCACAAUUCCAUUUUGACGCAAUUGACACCGACAAAAUUGGAACAAAUGGAUUUGAAUUCUGAAUUUCGUAUUCCAACAACAACAAAAGUCCCUCGAUCUGUUGGAAGUUCAUCGAGAAAUUCUUCAAACUCUUCAGUUGGAACACCGUCCACAAUUUAUUCACGCUAUGUACGAAAAUAAGUCAUUUAAUGAGCACUUAUUUUUAAGUACUCUUUCUUUUAUUUUAUUUUACCGUUUUUUGUUAAAAAUUAAUUUUUUCAAGUUUAUGUUAAAUUUUUAUUUUAUCUAACAAUAUACGUGAAAUCCACGUUAAGUAUUAAUUUAAAUCGAUAAAAUUAGUACUGAUAGUUGAACUAAUACGGUUUUUUAUCCAAAAUUAAUUUUUGUUAAUCUUAAUUAAUCGAUAGGUUAAUUAUUCGCGAGAUUAAUUUAAAUCUUUAAAUUUAUAAUUGCUAAUUUCUAUUCUUUCUGUUUAUUUAUGUUCAACUUUAAUUAAUUUUCAAAAACAGCUACUAUUAUAACUGUUAAUUUUUCAAUAUUUAACUUUCAGUGGAAAAUUUCCUCCACUAGUGUCUAUAAUUAACAUUUUUUAGUUUCAUUGCAUUCGCAAAUAUUUAAAUGGAAAUUUUUAAUUAAUUUCUAUAUAUUUUAUUACUACUGAAGUUGUUAUUUUG